AUGGGACCACGACGCAUCCUUGAAUUCUUUGCUCUGGCAUUACGUUUUAGCCUUGUGUGUUCGCAGGGCAAUGCCGUCGUUUCAAUUCCUGUUCGCGAUACAUUUGUUUUGCCCCCAACGUUUGUGAGCAACUAUUCCCAGAAGUUUGUUGAUACCGUGGUUCCAAAUGGAACCGUCGAGAAUCUGCUUCUGCAGGCUCAAAAUGCAACCUAUAUUACCUAUGAUGCCGAAUUCUCUGCUAUCAUCGGUUCAUCGCCUCAAAUCCAGCUCCUUGCUGGCCCUCUCGACGUAGGCUUUGCCUAUGAAGCAGGAGUCUAUAUUCCAGGUCAGAAUCUCGUGUGGUUCACAGGUGCCGAAAUUGAUGGUCCUGGAAGGGUGGUCAUGGCGAUCAAUUUGACCGACCAUGAGGUGUACAAACCCAAACUUACUGAGCCUGUCAUCACUGCCAACGGCGGGUCGUAUUAUGAAGGCAAGGUGUAUAUCACCCACUUUGGGAAUCGAACAUACGCAGGUGGUGUUGUCGCAAUCGACCCGCUUACAGGUGAAACAACUACGCUCGUGAACAGCUAUUUUGGCGUCCGCCUAAACGGCCCGGAUGAUGUGAUCUGGGCAGAAAGAGGCGAAAACCGCGCUAUGUUUUUCACCGAUGUUGAUUUCGCAUCUGCCUUGAAUCUUACCGGACCGCCAGCGCUGCCUAACGCUGUAUGGCGUUUUGAUCCACAGGCAGAGUCACUACAAGCGGUCAUUCCCCGAUCGGAUAUCUCAAAACCCAAUGGCAUUGCUGUCAGUCCUGGUUACACAAAGUUAUAUAUCACAGACACGCCGCUGUCCGGUUUACAGGGCAUGGGGCCUGGAAAUACCACAGGAUCUGCCGCGGUUUAUGUUUACGACCUUGAUGAUACUCUCACCCCUGUGGGAAAGCGUCUUUUCUCGAUUGCAAGGACGGGAGUCCCAGAUGGUAUCAAGGUUGAUAAGCGGGGUCGAAUAUGGACGGGAGAAGGAGAAGGCAUCGUUGUCCGCAAUGAUGGUGGCAAAGUCCUGGGGACCUUUAACGCCAGGACACUCCUGGAGGACAAAAAUUCUCAUCUCGCGAAUUUUGCGUUUGCUGAUGAUCGACUCAUUGUACUAGCGGUAAAUCAGAUCUGGUCAAUCCAGCUAGCUCAAGUUGUGGGAUGGACUUCGGACUCAUAGUUGUGGAGCUUUGGACCAACUCGGACACCCCGAUCAUGAUAAUCAAUCUAGUUGACUGGCUUCACACCGCUCACGGAAGUGAUCGCAUGAGGUUUCGGUGAAAAGUAUCGUGUUGCUUCAAUUUGAACAUCUCUCGUUGAAAGAUCUGG